AUGGGAUACGAUUUGCUCGUCUUUCUCGCAGCCUCCGUCGUCGUCACCCCCCUCGCCAAAUCUUUGAACGUCACACCUAUUUUGGGAUACCUGUUGGCGGGGGCAAUCCUGGGACCCAACGGACUAGACCUCUUUGCCAAUUCCAAAGCCGACAUUGAACUCGGGGACGUCGGCAUUUUGUUUUUACUUUUCAGCGAAGGCCUCGAAGUCACGCAACCGCGCCUGAAAAAACUCACCAAUUACCUCCCACUCGGAAUUGCGCAAAUCUCACUCGUCACGGCCGUCAUUACCGGCGUCUUCAUGUCCGAUUUACCCGAAUGGACGGCGACCGUCUUUGCAAUCGAUCCCACGCUACUCGGGAUUCCCCCGACCGAAGCCGUCGUACUGGCACUCAUUGGUUGCUUGUCCACAUCGGCUUUCAUUUUCCCCGUCCUGAAGGAACGCUCCUGGGAAGACGAAGAAUCCGGCGAAGCCGCCACGUCAAUUUUGCUGCUGCAAGACCUUUUGGUCGCACCACUCUUGGUCCUUUUGCCAUACUUGGCCGGCGAUACCGCCACCGAUUACCUCGCCAUUGGAUUUCUCACGGCCAAGGCAACGCUGGGCUUUGGUGCCGUACUUUACGUGGGUAGUUUAGUCCUACAGAAUGUCUUUCGUGUGGUCUCCACCGCACAAUCCAGUGAAACCUUUGUCGCGCUCUGUUUACUGGUUAGUGCCGGUAUGGGUGCCAUUGCCAAAUACUUUGGUCUGACCGACACCGCCGGGGCUUUUGCCGCCGGUGUUUUGCUCGCCAACACCAAUUACCGCGCCCAAAUUCAGGCGGACAUUCUGCCCUUCAAGGGUAUCUUAUUGGGAAUUUUCUUCAUGGGCGCGGGUUCCAAUUUUGACGUCGAAUUGGUCGUUCGCGAGUGGCCCACUAUUGCGAUUGGUUGUGUCACUCUGUUGGCGCUCAAGGCGUUUACCUUGGGUGCCGCCACACGAGUUCCGCACUGGAUGGAACCCAACCGGCUACCCACCGCGGAUGCCAUCCGGGUGAGUCUCUUGCUGGCCGGCGGUGGCGAAUUCGCCUUUGUCGUGCUGGCUCUGGCAGAAUCACUCGAUAUCAUCCCGGCCAGUUUAUCCGCCAUUGUUACGGCAAUUGUGUUAAUUACUAUGGGAUUGACUCCUUUGCUCGGAGAUCUGGCGGUAAUAUUGUCCGAGCCGCUGCUACCGUACAAGGAAGAAGAGAAGUUAAUGGCCCUUAACGGGAGUAACGGUGCGGUUGUCCCGGAACGCGAAAUUCCACACGUGGCGAAGGAGGCGGUGGUGAUUUGUGGCUAUGGCGAAGUCGGACAGAAUACCGUCCGCGUGCUGGGCAAACAAAAGGAAAAGGCCGGCAUGAUCAAAUCCAGCUACCUGAAAGAUGAAGUUCCCAGCGUCGUGGCCUUUGACGUCGAUCCUUCCCUAUCGGAUACUGCGCUACGACCGUCCCGCAAUACCGCCGUCUUAUUCGGUAACGCCGCCAACCCCGAAGUAAUCCGUUCCAGCGGCAUUUCUCAGCCUUCCGCCAUCUACGUCACGUACGAAGACUUUGGUCGUGUCCAAUCCGCCACAGCGCGUUUGCGGGCCGCCUUUGCCACCGUCCCCAUUUUUGCCCGCGCCGCUACCCGGGCCGAAGUAAGUGCCUUGGAAGAGGCCGGGGCAACACAAGUCGUGGUAGAGUCCGAUGAAUUGCCCCGAUCCGCCUUUGCUCUGCUGGAAGGUGUAUGGCAGGGCAACUUGCCCGGCAAGAUUUUCAAUUCUCCGGAACAUUUUCGGGCAGAAGCCGCAGAAGCGGCUGGUAUCUCCACCGGUGAAGUCGAGGACCUGCUGGAAAUGUACCAAGCCAUGGAUCAGGAUAAGACCGGAACUGUCUGUCCAACCGAGAUUGAAGCAUUGUUGGAACGUUCCGGAACUUGGAUUGCCUCGGACGACGAAAUUCGACAGCUGGAUUCUUGGAUUGAAAGUACCUUGGCCGGAAAGGAUCCAGUGGAUGCUCUGGAAUGGUGUCGACUGUACGGACGCGCCCCCGAUUUUGUAAAACGAGCAUUCGGUGGUGAUCUAGCCCGCAAGCGGAAACAAAGAGAAGAAGCAUAG